ACAAUAUAGAAAUAGAGCGCACACCCUUGCUAAAAAGUCCUAAAACCCUAGACUCACUACUUCUGGAUACCUCUGUUCAUGGCAGCUUCAGAGGCUUCGAUGGAGGCAGAGGAGGUGAAGGUUCCGGCCGAGGAUAGCGACAAUGGCGCCGCGAAGCGCUCUAGAGAGGAGGAUGUGGAGGCUGAGCCGGAGGAGAAGAGAACGAAAACCGAGAAUGGCGCUGGAGAAGGAGAGCCAAUAGCCGCUGAGUUGGUUGUUGGACCGAAAACUUUCGAUACCUCUGUUGCUAUGUUUGAUUAUUUCUUUAAGCUUCUUCAUUCCUGGUCUCCCAAUUUUAAUGUCAAUAAGUAUGAGCACUUGGUGUUGCUAGAGUUGCUCAAGAAAGGUCAUGUAGAGGCCGACAGAAAAAUUGGCGCAGGUGUGAAAGCUUUCCAAGUCCGCUUCCAUCCCCAGUUCAAAAGUCGCUGCUUCUUCCUCAUAAGGGAGGAUGACUCUGUUGAUGACUUCAGCUUCAGAAAAUGUGUGGAUCACAUUUCUCCAUUGCCGGAAAACAUGCAAGUCAAACACAAUGCCAAUAAGGCGUUGCGUGGAAAAGGAGGAGGCCGUGGGCGCGGCGGCGGCCGUGGACGUGGCAGAGGUUGGAAGUGAAGAAAUACUAAUUUAGGUACAACGUUUUUGUGGUUGUUAAAAAAACUCAAUGCAUAUUGUUCUCUACUCUUCUUUAUGCUCCAGAAUUUUCAUUAACAUGUGCAAUUUAUUGAUAUAUUUUUGCUUCA